AGUUUUUAAAAAUAUCCAACCAUUCAGGGCAGUCAACACGAAGUUGACUCCUACGUCGGUUUCGUUGUUUGCCUGCUUGGUACUCUACUCACGAAAAAAGUUUCUCUUUCGUCAUCUCUUUAAUCAAAACCACCUUCCCAUUCAAAAAUUUCAAAAUCUGCAUUCAUUUUAUUCAAAAAAACUCAAAAACCUAGGGUUUCUCUCUCUAAAAUUUCUCCAGAUCGAAGAACACAGAGCGCCUGAAAAUGGUGUCGCAGGAGUAUUUGCAGAAAAUGGAGGUCCGGCAGAACUUCCGAAACAUGUGGCACACUGAUCUCCUUCGUACUAUUCAGGCCGAUACUCCUUAUUGCUGCUUGUCGUUGUUCUGUGCUCCAUGUGUAUCAUAUAUGCUGCGUAAACGUGCUCUUUACAAUGAUAUGACAAGAUACGUAUGCUGUGCAGGUUAUAUGCCUUGUAGUGGCCGGUGUGGUGAAAGCAAAUGUCCUGAAUUUUGUCUUGCUACUGAGGUCUUUCUCUGCUUUGGUAACUCGGUGGCUUCCACUCGUUUUAUGUUACAGGACGAGUACAACAUACAGACAACGCAAUGUGAUAAUUGCAUAAUUGGUUUUAUGUUCUGCCUCAGCCAAAUUGCAUGCAUAUUUUCUAUCGUAGCCAUGAUUGUGGGAAGUCAAGAAAUCCAAGAAGCAUCUCAAUUGUUGACUUGCCUUUCUGAUAUGGUUUACUGCACCGUUUGCGCGUGUAUGCAGGGGAGGGAUCCGGUGAGAACACCUCCUUAUGUGAGAACACUUCUUAUGGUGAGAACACCUCCUUAUGUGAGAACACUUCUUAUGACACAGCACAAGAUUGAAAUGGACAAGCGUGAUGGCAAGUUUGGGCCUCAGCCAAUGGCAGUGCCCCAAGUUCAGCAGAUGUCUCGGCUUGACCAGCCAUAUCCUCCCGCUGCUGGAUAUCCGCCCCCUCAAUCCCAACAAGCAUACGGUUAUCCACCUCCACCUCAAGCAUAUCCUGCUCCAGGCUACCCACCUGCGGGUUCUGCUUAUCCUCCUCCGGGCUACCCACCAGCUGGUUAUCCAAAGUGAUCUCUCCUUGCUAGCUGAAGUGAUCUACAAAACUUGAUUCACCGAGUCGAGCUAUGUGUGUGAUAUACAGGAACUUUUACCCUAUAUUUUUCUUGGUGUGAUAUACAGGAACUUGAUUCAUUGACAGCUCUCACACCAAUUCUUUUGUAGCAGUGCUUGUGCGCCUUAGAACCUAUUGUAGAUUCUACCUAUUAUAAUCUGGCUAAGUUAUGUGAUGGGAAUCCUCUGUUUAUUUUUUUUUUGAAUUCGUGAAUUGUAAGUUGUGCAAUGCUUUAUUGAAAAUCCCAGUUAAAGAAUGUUGUCA